AAUACGACGAAACAUUAUGCAUCAACAGUGAAUCGUUCGAAUGGUAAUGCGAGCACAGUAGCGACGGUGAACGGUCGUAUUGCAACAUCAUCAUCCAGUGCAUCGAUAGAACAGAAUAGCAAUAUGAAUAGUAACAGUACCACUAAUAAUAGAAAUCCUCCGACUGAACCACGUAAAGCUCCAAUUGCACAAGCUGAAUGCAGUGAUACGGAUUUUGAUACGGCUCGUUCGAUAUGUCGUGCGAUUUCGGUUGAAAAGAAUAAAUCGAAUAAUGCAAGUGACGGUCAUAGCUUUUAUAGAGGGGAAAGGAAUUUUUAG